UGACUGUUGAAUCGAGGAGAAAAAGAGAGAAGGGGAAAAGGACGGGUGGGGUGCGCGAACGAUGCGGGCCAGAACUAACAAGGGCCUGCAGCAGCCGGACAUACAGGAGGUAGCGAACGAAGUACGAGGCAAGUCGGGGAAGACGAAGCAAAAGCGCCAACCGGAAUCAUCCUUUCUUCCUUCGCUGCCAAUCCCGACAUGGCCUCCUCAACCAAUGCUACAGUACUUGAAGGGAUGCAUAGACGAGCAUGAUAGGACAAAGAACCCUGCCCCGUUACGAUGCAGCCUUGCCUUUCAGUUGGUCUCGGAAGAGUAUCGAGCAUCGACUAUCCCAAUCGUCUCGAGGAAGAGAAAAGCCAGUGCUCUCCUCUGAAUGCUGCCAGGCAACUGGGGCUGGGGAGCGAGGAUAACUGGAUCUCUCGGUCGUUUCGUAGGCUUCUGAAUGGUCAGAAUAUCCCGAGGAACGGUAGGCACGAGGGCGAGGACGACCACCUGGCUAUCAGCAAACCCCGCAGACAAGGUAAUCGACGAAGAGGGCCCUGGCCUCGGAGCGGUUAUAUGGGUCUAAGCGCGCCGCUCCGUUCGAGGGGACGAAUCUUACGAAUUUCUGAAGCUAUCGACCUCGUUAGCCUUGGUGCUAAAUGGGGACAGGGUCCAGCUGAGGUACGGAGUGGUCAGUCAUCCUUAUCCCAUACGGCUAGACCACCGCUUGCCCCCUCAGCAUUGGACUUGGAGGCGGCAGGUGUGGGGCCACCAAAGCGAAUCACUCGCCAUGGCGAUCUGGUGGGGAAAAGUUCAACCCUGUCCACAAGACCUUACCGUAUGUAUGUACAACGUGCAGUAGGUAGUGUAGUGUAGGGCAGGAGGAAAACUACGAUCAUAUAACCUGGUCGAGCACUUCGCCAAUGC